CCUCCGCUUCCAGCUACUCGACGAGUGCCUUGGGCUCUGCUUUCUUUUUUGCCUAGACGACUUUAUCUCUGUCUAUCUUAACGACUUCCACCAUGAGCUCCGGCAAACAAUGCAUCGAAAAGGCUGAGUACUCCUCGUCGGGUGCUGUUAGCACUCAGGCGCCUGCGUAUCAGGCGCCUCCCACCCCUGCACCUGCGCCUCCAGCACCACCACCGAUUGGCAAUCCUACCCCUGCCGGCAUGUUCGCCUUUGCUGGUACAAUGUUGCUCAUGGCUUUGUACAACCUGGGCGCAGGAGGCAUCACCACCCCCAACGUUCUCGUUGGAAUGCUCAUCUUCGCGGGUGGCAUCGCACAACUCCUCGUCUCCAUUCUCGAAUUCCUGAAAGGAAACUGCCUCUACGCGACCUGUUUUAUGACGUUCAGCACCUUCUGGCUUAGCUACGGCGCUGUGCUCAUUCCCGGUUUCGGUAUCCUCCAAGCCUUCACUGAUCCUUCCGAGAUUGGAAGGGCCAUCGGCCUCUACCUCUUCGUGUGGUGGAUCACGAUCACCAUGCUCCUCAUCGCCGUCGUUGGAAAGAGCACUCUCUUCACCAUCCUCCUUUCCUUCGCUUCCUGCGCGGUCCUAAUAUCCGCUUGCGGCCAAUAUCUCGCGAACAAGGCUCUGAACAUCGUCGGUAACUCCCUCUUGAUCGUCGUCUGUUCGGAGGCCUACUACAUUGGACUUGCCGUGCUUCUUCUCUCAGAACCCGGCGCUAUCUUCACCCUCCCCAUGUUCUAAAAGCCACGCUCCAUUUACGAUUAACGAUCGCACAUACAUACUAUAUACUUCCAUCGUUACGAGCGCUUCUUUCGACUUUCAUAUCCACUGUAUUAUUAGUAGGUCAUUAUUUAUGGGGGUCUCCAACCAAGUGUAGCCUUAGGUCAUUGUGA